AUGGCGGACGGAAAUAAAAACAGUACCGAGGAUGGCACCGGAAGCGGUAUUGCCGGUACGGAACGGGCAUCACCACCGACACGCCGUACGUUGUCGGUGGCCCGGCUGAAGGAGAAGGGCAAGAAGCUUGCCUCCGCCCAUAUACACCGGGAGCUGACCGUGAACGGUACGUCGGAGAGUUUGAACCGGCUGUUGGAUGAUUUGCUGUCGCCGGAGAAUUCGAUUUCCAACAGUGAAAACAUCGAAUGGUGCCGCUGGCUGGUUGCUGGUGGCCGAACGCCAGCCGAGUUCGCUUCGAUUGUGCGGGCCUAUGACAACCAUGCGAAAUGUGGGCUGGUGUGGAUACCGCACGUGGUCGCGUACCGAUGUCGGACGUGCGGCAUCUCGCCGUGCAUGUCGAUCUGUCGCGAUUGCUUCAAGCGCGGCAACCACCGGAACCAUGACUUCAACAUGUUCCUGUCGCAGGCGGGCGGUGCCUGCGACUGUGGCGAUACGUCCGUGAUGAAGGCGGAAGGGUUCUGCAGCGAUCACGGGCUGAACAACUGCCAGAACAAGGCGCCGGUACCGGACGAUCUGAUGCUGGUGGCGGAAGCGAUGAUGCCGCGGCUGAUCCUGCGCAUGCUGCUGCACUUCCGCGAGUACAGCGCGACCAAUCUCGAUUCGGCCGACUGUCGGCGGACGGCGGAGUACUGCAACGAUUACUGCGCCAUGCUGAUGGAGUUCAACAACAUGGGCGAGCUGAUGCGGCGCGUCAUGACCCGCACACUGAUCGAUCGGGGCGUGUACCGCCGCCUGCAGGAACCACCGUUCCCGUCCCUCUGCUACAGCAUGUACCUGCGGGACGGCUGGGUGCAGUACGAGGAAGCGUUACGGCAGUUCCCGUCGCCCGAACCACCGCCCGACUACGCCCAUCUGGCCGCGCUCGGUCGCACGAUCGUGCACGAGACGCUGCUGGAGGAGUUCAUCUUUUGGACGUUUAAGUACGAGUUCCAGCAGCAGAUCGUAUGCUUCCUGCUCAACAUGCUGCCGGAUCAGGACUACAAGGAGCACCUGACGCGCACGUUCGUGAUGCACUACUGUCGCAUACCGAGCGUGCUGGAGCUGUCGAGCGAUCCGGACACGCUCAGCAACCGAGUGGUGCACAUGAGCGUACAGCUGUUCUCGAACGAGAGUCUCGCACUCAAGAUGGUGGAGGAGCUGUCGCUGCUGCACGUGAUGAUCAUCAGCCUGCGACAGAUGAUGUCCAAGAUACUGACGCCGCACACGCUGCACACGCCGGAACACAACUUCCAUUACGUGGUCGACUGUGCCGAGCGCGUGAUGAAGGAGCAUUGCUACUGGCCGCUCGUAUCCGACUUCAACAACGUGCUGUCGCAUGAAUCGGUCGCGCUCGUCUUCCUGAAGGAUGACGAUCUGAUCGAUAUGUGGUUCCAGUUCCUAUCGAUGCUGCAAGGAAUGAAUGUCAACAUUCGCGAAAUCAUCAGCCAUGUAGAGUACGAGUCCAGUUCCUACUAUGCCGCCUUCAGUUGCGAGCUGGAGGCGAGUGCCUACCCGAUGUGGUCUAUCAUUUCACACCUGCAAGAUCCGUCCCAUGCACCGCUUGCGAAAAAGAUCAUGAUGUACUGCGUGAACUAUCUGCAGGACUGGCUCGACGCAAUCAACUUCUACAAGCAGCCUCGAUUCCAAAAGGAUGAUAUGUACCGGGCGUCGUUUCACUUCCCACUGCAUCGCUAUCUAGCGGCAUUUAUCUGCCAGGGCGUGAAGACGAUGGGGAUGUCAUUGAACGAUAUUCUACCGUCCGCCGAUCUGUUACCGAAGUUAAUGAUGCAUCCGCUGCGUGUACAGAGUCUUUUCUACGCGAUCCUGUCGGGCGUGUGGGUGCGCAACGGACUGCAGAUCAAGGGCCAGGCAAUGACCUACAUACAGGCCAACUUCUGCAACUCGAUGGUGGACAUGGACCUGUUUUUCCUGCAGAUCUGCGCAACCCAGCUACCACCGAACCUGUUCGUCAGCGAGUGCAUUAUGAUGUUUGGCGUCGAGGACUGGUUGGGCAUGAGCGUGCUAAGCACGCCGCCGGAGAUGGAGCAAGACUCGAUGCUGGAGGGGUUGCUAACGUUCCUAGCGACACUGAUCACGUCGCGCAUCAAUCUCGGCAACGACGAGACGACGCAGUGCGUGAUCGAGAUCAGCGCGCUGCUCGCCACCGGCGACAAAACGCACAGCCAGCUGCUGGAGCUGAUGCCGGAACGGAGCGGGAACGCGCAUACGCGCAACUUCGAACGCUACCUGAAGGAGCUGUCGAUCUACCGGUCGCCGCCGGUCGGGUCGGAGAACCUCGAGCAGGGUUUGUUUAUGCCGGUGCCGGCGGUGUGGGAGCGCCAUUACGAUCCGCUUCACGUGUUGUUGCGGGCGGUGCAUCGUCGUGACUUCCAGAACUCGCUCGACCGUUUCGGUGCGUACGUGAAGCAGAUCGGCAAGAUGCCACGGAGCGGUAACUUGUGGCCACCGUUUCGGUUGCCCAGCUCGUGCGGUUCAGCCUACAGCGAUCCCGGGGCGAUACUCGGUUCCCGCAUCCUGCACGCAACGAUACUCGCCAUCUUUUACCGUGCCGUGCACAAGCACAACGUGUCGGAGCAUAUGCUCGCGCUGGCCGUCUUCCUGCUGGAGAUGGCGGUAUGCAAUGCUGGUGCGGUAGGCGGUGAGGCUGCAACCAGUCGUUCGACGGUGGGCGAUAGUGCGGCGGCAAGCAAAAGCGUCGAGGAGCAGUCCAGUUCGGUCGGUGCGGCUAAUGAGACGGUGCCGGAUCUGCUGAACUGUUAUCCCAGCAACUGUUUGAGCGACAACCUUAAAAUGACGGUGAAGCGCAUUUCACUGUUGCCGGCAAUGCGUCGCUCACCCGUUUCCUACCGACCGCUGGAUGGUGGUUCACCGCCCUUCGACAGUGACGUCGAAUGGGAUCUGUCCGAGGAUGAAACGCUUAUGAUGAUCGGAAGCAAUCCGGAGGGCGAAUCAGCCUCCGGCACGAUGGCGACUGGCACCACCGCUGGGAGUAGUGCAGAGCGAGGUGUCGGCGGACCGGGUGGAGCCGGAUCGGAUCAACAGCUCGUGCCGUCGCGCGGCAUUGGUAGUGGUGUUGAGGUGGUACCCUUGACACAGGACCUCUCGCAGAUGGGAAACAGUAUAGUGUUCCCGGGGCGUCGUCCCGCUAUUCACGCACCACCUUCCGCAUCCAGUACGGCGACCAGCACUACCACCACCCAGAUGGUGGUGGAGGAGGAAGAAGACGAUGUGAAUGAUGCGGAACUGGAGGGUAGCAAUCGGUCGAGAGAUACGGCAACGACGGCCACAGUCACGGUGGGAAGUGGUAGUACUGGGCAGCAAGUAACAACGGAGAUGGCUUUAAGACGACGGCGUUGGCAUUUGUUGCAGCGAUUGCUUGGCCAGCAGACGAGUGGCGUUGCUGCACCGGAGCCACAAGAUGAAGACAUGCCCGCGUAUCACGUGAUGGAUGCGGACGGCGAUGUGGUGGUGGAGGAGGAAGAGCAGCAACCGAGCGAGUUGCUAGCGAUGCGCGCUCGCUACCUGAUGCUGGAACGGCGACGUAGCAGCGUUGGCAAUGCGAACGUCGUACAGCCGGCCGAUGUCGACGACUACAUCGAUGACGAGGAUGACGAAGACGAUGAUGAUGAGGAGGAAGAGGAUGAGACAAACAAUGAUGGAGUAACUGGCAGGCAGCAGCAGGAUGGAGGUGUAGAGAAUGGCGGUAACGAUGGACAGCGUAGGCGGGUGGAUGAGGAUGACGAGUCGGCGGACAUUGCGGAUAUACAAUCGAUUGUGCCACGAACGCUGCUGGUGGGUGGUCGAACCCGUGCCCUGCAGCUUGGUAGGCGGCGACAAGAUGGAGGUCCGCUACAUCACCACCAUCAUCACCACCAUCAUCAUCACCAUCACCCGUCCGGGGGUGGUGUGGGUCCGGGAUCGCUCAUACGCACGAACGGUCCGGCCAGAGCGACCGAGUUUAUCGUGGAGGAAGCCGCCGACGAAGUGCCCGGUACGGGGAUCAUCGGCAAUACCGAGACCGGCGUUGAGCUGAUGAUUCGGCACGAGUUUGUGCCCGUGCCGGGUACGGGUGGGGACGGUAGUGGACAGGAGAUAGCGAUUCCGCAACAGCAACAGCGUGCCCUUACCUCGCCCGUGUUUGGCACGUCAUCGGCGGGUGGUACAGGAGUAGUGGCAACUGGAAAUGAACCACCCGGUGCUGGUGGUAUGCUGCUACCGUUCAACAGUGUCACGCCCGCCACUGCAACGGCUGCAACGACCGCGGGUGCAAGCUUGAGCGUGGUACCGCAGCAACCGAACCAGCUGCAGAACUACUACCAUGCUAAUCACCAUCAUCACCAUCAUCAUCACCAUCGGCACCAUCACCAUCAUCACCAUCACAAUCAUCUUGCUGGGUCGGGCGCCGGUGCGGGUGCAGGAGGCAGCACGGCAGGUGCUGGUGGACAGCAGCAAAGCCCACAGUCACUGCAACAGCAGACACCACGGCACUACCAUCGUAGUCUGCAGCCGGCAGGUGCCGGAGGUCAUGCACAGAUGGGACCGAGCGGUGUUGGCGGUGCCGGUGGUUUAGGAGGAGCCACUGGUGGAGCUGGCACGGGAAGUGGACAACCGAACUGGACGCGCUUCAAGAGACGCAAUCUGAUGAGCAACCAUCGGCAUACAGGCGGUGGCAACACAGGUUCGGGCACUGGCUGUGAAAUGACACCGCGAGAGGAUAUUGGCAUUGGUGGUGGUGGUGGGCGAGGAGACGGCUCGAAUGAAAACGAUACGAUUGUGCUGGAGGAGUCCAUCAUUUCACUACUGUUGAAGUUACACUCACAGUUAAGCGGCGCCCUCGACAGUUUCUCGUUGGACGACGAAACCGAAGAUGAGCUGUCGGCCGGUAGCGGUAGUAGUGCAGGGGUUAGAGGCUCGGCAACCAAUCAACCUGCGAUGCCUUCAUCGUCCUCCUCUGCUCCGAGUCAGCAGCAACGUGACGGGGAUGAUGACGACUACGCCAAAAUGGAGCUGGAUGAAGACGAAGGAACACCGUCGGCCGGUGGUAAAAGUAAUGAAGCUAGUCAACAAAAGGAAUCUACUGCACACGGGCAGCAGCAGAAGAGGCAACAGCAGCAGCACCAUCGCUGGGGCCGUAUCUCCGAUUCACGCAUCGGGGAUGGUCCGUUCUUCAUAGGCAACCUGCUGCGCAAGAUCGCCGCGCUGGACGAAACGUGUGCCGUGCGUAUUGAGCAGAUCCGGGCGGAACUGUGGCCGAACCAAAGAGAGCGCCAGGCGGAGCAGAAGGCUCGGGAGGCGCGCGAAAAGGAGGAACGAACCAAGCGUGCCAAGGAGCGCCAGAAGAAGAUGAUGGAAGAGUUCGCCAACCGGCAAAAGCGUUUUAUGCUGCUGACGAUGGCAUCGAUGGGUGGCGAUUCGUCCGGCAUGGAUUUCGGUUUUGGCGAUGAGGAAACGGAAGGCGAAGGUGGCGGUGAUGCAGCGGCCGCACGGGUCGCAGCAGAACGCCGGGCGGCUGAAGAGCAGCAGGCGGAAGCGUUACGCGAGAAGGAGUAUGACUGCAUCAUCUGUAACACGUCCGGUCCGAGCACGGAAACGAACCCGAUCGGGUUGGUCGUGCUGGUAGAGUCAAGCAGUGUGGUGGGCCAUCGUAGGACGCGGUCGGAGCGUUUAGCGUUACCGUUGAGCAAGGAAGAUCAGACACGGCUAACGGAGAGUGUAACGCUAGCUAGUGAGUUCAACAAGCGUAUUGAACUGCUGCAGUGGAAGUUCGGUCAGACGUCCUGGUUCCUGUCCCACAACAUCGGCUGGGAGGGUGGUGUACACAUACAAUCCUGCGGCCAUCAUGUGCACCUAUCCUGUCAGGUCGCUUAUCUGAAGUCACUCCACACACCUCGCAGCCCGAACAACCUGAACGUAGAGUUGGGUGAAUUCUUCUGUCCGGUCUGUCGGCAAUUGGCGAACUCGGUUCUGCCGCUGAGUCCGGCACUCGAUCGGCCAGCACCAUUGAUACGUGCCCCAACGCCACCACAUCGUGCGCUAGUGCUGGAGCUGAUUCAGCUGUUUCAGGAAAGCAAACGGGCACCGAUGGCGAGCAAGUUCUGUGAAGCGAUGGGACGUGCGAUGGGCAACAUUACUGCGUGCACGCAGCGUAACAUCAAGCGUUACCCAGUAACGCUACAGAGCCUGUUCUCGUUUGUACUGUCGAUUGCACGCACUAACCUCGAGGCGGAAGUGAUACAGCGCGGUGGUUCGCUGUGCAGCACGGAGGACAUCCGGUACAAGCCGAAGCGGGAUUGCAUAGUGCCGCUGCUGCACGUACUAUCGCUCCACGUCCGACUGAUGAUCAACGAUGACUGGCCGAUACGGUUUAAGGUUGGUGACGAUUGGCCGUGGCAUUCCUGGUCACGUCUUGCCGGUAUCCAACUCGCGUACGGUAACGCCGAUGUGGAGGUAGGUGUGGAGGCGAGCGAAGAAUCGGUUGAGCGGUUGGCGAUGGUACCAGCACGGAAUACUGGCAGUGGAAGUGGUGAUAGUCUCGCCCGCCACGAAGAGGACGACGACGAUGAUGAUGAGGAUGACACGCCGAAGGAUGGUAAGCAUCGCGCACGAAUACCGGCUAGCAUACGCGGUAUGUUGCUACCACCACCACCAGCGGACGCUAGGGAGGAAGGAGAAGAGCUGAGCACCGCAUCGGCGUCAUCCGGUACGGCAACGGCCGCAAUUGGUGGUACAGCGUCAUCCGCCACCUCGACGACAACGACAACCGCUGCCACCAGCACAAUCGUGGACACGGAAACCAUUCCCGAUCUGAUUAGCGAUCCGACCGCUCUAAUGCUUAAGUUCAUCCUGCUUGCACCACUUCACCUCGACCAAGCGUAUUUUACAUGCAUCGUGAAGGUGAUGUACAACUUGCUUUACUAUCAGAUAGUGCUACAACUUUGUACACACCUGACGGACGAAGAGUGCGAUGAAAUCCUUGCCCGGUACGGUCCAACAGCACAACCACCACCGGUAAUAGUGCGAGAGCGUGGCGUCCCGCACAUCGGUGUAGCAAUGGCGUUCGUGUUAAGUCAACUGGACCGUUGCCGACACAUCCGCAGCGACAGCAUACUGAUGGGCGAUGUUGGUGGCAGCAGUGACGGAAUGGAAUCGGCUGCCAGCGACACAUCACCGAUGGACACUAGGGUAGCCGGUGCUGGUACCACCACCAAGCGGCUUAACCUCGAUGUAUUUGAGAAGCGUUUGCAACGGCUGUGCUUGCCGUUUCUGCGUGUGGCUGCACUGCUCCGCCAUCAUAUCUACCGUGCGGAGAUACCGGAAAUAGCCGGACCGCAGCUGGAGUUCGCACGGCUCGUUUAUUUUCUCGAGCUGGUAACGGUAUCGAUGGACUGGGACAAGUUCAACGCAAGCAAGGCGCUGUGCUUUCUUACCGGUACGGAACUAUCGUUGCCGAAGAAUUGGUGCGAUCAGUUGCGCAAUCUUCGGCCAACGUACGAGUCGACACGUUCGCUCAUUGUCCAGCAGCAUAUAGAAUGGCGUCAGCCAAAGCUGCUCGGACUGCCCCGCGAAUACGAAAGGCUGUUUACGUAUUACCACGAGCAACCGUGCCAGAAAUGUCAAAACGUACCGAAGGAAAGCUCCAUUUGUCUUCUGUGCGGUACGAUCGUGUGUAUCAAACAAACGUGCUGUAAGGAAAUGGACUGCUGUGAAGCAGUACGGCAUUCGAUCAGCUGCGGUGGAGGGACAGGCAUUUUCCUCGUGAUCACUUCUACCUAUAUCAUCAUCAUCCGGGGACAUCGGGCGUGUCUAUGGGGUUCGCUUUACCUAGAUGAUUACGACGAGGAGGAUAGGGAUUUAAAGCGCGGUAAACCACUGUAUCUUAGCGAAGAUCGGUUCAAUCUGCUCGAAUCACAGUGGCUUUCGCAUCGAUUUGCCCACACCAAGCACAAUUGGGUUUGGCAUCGAGAUUCGCUGUAA